GGAACUGAAAGGAGGUGUGGGACAGAGCAACACUGGAACUCUGGUUCCUUCUGAUCCAAUGUUUCACUGCCAAAUAGUAAAACUGAGGAAGUCACAGGAGGUCUGAAAAAGUCCAGCUGCCCCACACACGCCACCUCUGCCUGAGUUUUGAUUUCAAUUCCUUCUUAUUAGUUACUGCCCCAAAUUGAGGAAAUGAGAGUCUCCCGGGUUAUAGACUCUUGGUCAUUCAGACACAGUGACCAGCAGGUCUCCACUGAGUUAGGUGACUCUUCCAUUGGCCACCCCCAUCCCAACUGUCCGGGAUUUAGUUUUUUCCGACUCUGGUCAUUGCUGCACAAAGAACUCAAAAAUCACAGCCUCUUGACUUCUCACAGCCCUGCCUGCAGCUCCUCCCUGGCCCCUGUGUUCCCCCUUUAAUCCCGCUCCUGCCCCAGGCUGCCCACUGGCUCAGCCUCCACUUCUGCUCCAACAGUCUCAGAGACCGUGUUGGUCCAAACAUGUCAGUGAAGUACGAAGACCUUCAGUACUCGGAGAGUGAGAAAAAAAGCCAGGGGUUUACAGAAGUGCUGUUUUCUUUCCAGGCCUUCCUGAAGCGGCUCCUCUCCAGCCCUUGCCUCCUCCUGCUCUCCCUGGGCCUCAGCCUCUUGCUGGCCAGUGUAUGUGUGAUGGGAUACCAAAAUUUCAAGUUUCAGAGUGACCUGCAGACCCUGAGAACAGGUUUCAGUAACUUCACUUCAAACACUACGGCUGAGGUCCAGGCACUGAACUCCCAGGGUGGCAACUUGCAAGAAAUGAUAACAUCACUGAAAGCUGAGGUGGAAAGUCACAAGCAAGAACUGCAAGCUGGCUGGAGAAGCAACUGGAAGAACUCAAAGCAGCAGCUGGCCAAGAACCUGAACUCCCUGACCUGCAAGAUGGAUGCUCUCAAGAGCAAUUUCUCUCAAAACACAGCCUGCUGUCCUGCCAACUGGCUGGAGCAUGAAGGCCGCUGCUACUGGUUUUCUUCCUUGGGGAAGCCCUGGCCAGAAGCUGAGAAAGACUGCCAACUGAAGAAUGCCCACCUGGUAGUCAUCAACUCCAGAGAGGAGCAGGAUUUUAUCCAGGCCAACCUACGUCCUUACUUCACCUGUAUGGGCCUCAGUGAUCCAGAUGGAGUCUGGAAAUGGGUGGAUGGGUCGGACUAUGAGACCAACAUCAAGGUGAUCGUGAAGAUGCAACAUGACGUGUAUAUAUGCCUGGCCCAUCACAAGGAAGUCCUCUUCCUGCCGCUCUGUCCUGGAGGGCGUAUUGUCGUUGAGCAUGCAACAUGUACUGCAUGGAGGCUUUGUGAGGACCACCCCCAUGGGUCCCACUCCUAUGGGACCACGCAACCACCCCGUGCGUUGCCUACCAACGUUGGGGAGGCUGGCGAUUGCAAUCCAUGCAUCUCCCGGGUGCGCAGCCAGCGGCAGGUGCGUGGGCAUGGGCGGGGAGGUGUUCAUUCCUCGCCCCUCCCUUCCUCGGGAUUGGGGGUGUAAAUGGAUAAUUCAAU